AAAAGGAAGAACCGAAAUGGAGGACUAUGAACAAGAAAGUGUUUUCAGUGUUAAUAAAGAUUAAAGUAUUUAUAAACUUUGAUUUGUCGUUUACAUGUCUAAAGAGUCUCAUCCAAUAUAAAGACAUAGUAAAGUCUAGAUCUAGAGACAGGAGAACAUUCGAUUCGAUAUUAUUAGUAAUCGACUAUGGCGGACAAGGCUGAGGUAGACAAAGAGACAAAGAAAAGGAAAGAUUAGCGAUGGAAAGAGACAAAGAAAAGGAAAGAUUAGCGAUGGUAAAAGACAAAGAAAAGGAGAGAUUAGAUAAGGAGGACAAAAGAGAAAGAGACAAAGAAAAGGAAAGAUUAGCGAUGGAAAAAGACAAAGAAAAGGAGAGAUUAGAUAAGGAGGACAAAAGAGAAAGAGACAAAGAAAAGGAAAGAUUAGCGAUGGAAAAAGACAAAGAAAAGGAGAGAUUAGAUAAGGAGGACAAAAGCGAAAGAGAAAAGGAUAAGGAGAUAGUAGCAAUUGAAAGGGAAAAGAAAAAUGAAUUAGUCGCCAUUGAAAGAGAAAGAUUAGCGUUUGAAAAAGAGACAGCAGAGAAAAAGUUAAAAACAGACCAAGGAAAAGAGAAUGAUAAAAGAAAGAGUGACUCUACAGGGAAUAAACUGGCAAAAUAUAAAGGUUUGAUAUUCAACGAAGACAAAAUGGACAUAUACAUUUUUUUGAAGAAGUUCGAAAUAGAAAUGAGAGAACUGGAGUACCCUGAAGACAAAUGGACAUUUUUAUUGUCGAGAUCAUUUACAGCGGAGGUGGAAGACCAUGAAUAUACAGGCGAAUCUAGGAAGUGUGUUAUGUUUAAUGGGGGGAAUAGUGUUCAAUUACCGAUUGCUAAAGUUAGUAUAGACACACCGUAUUUUAAGGGGACAGUAGAAGCUUGUGUUGUAGAGCAGGGUGAGAUAGAUUUAAUUAUUGGGAACAUUCAUGGGGUGAAAAUAUGUUCAGUAAGGGAGAUUGAGAAUUGGAAGAAAUAUUAUGGGAUAAAGUCUACGCGAGGUAGAAAUGGGGAUUGUCGGUGCGUAGAUUAUGGCAUUCUAGCACCAAUGUGUAUUAAGUGCACUAUUUUUGAACGCACUUUCUUUUUGUUGCCUUGCUUGUAAAUAGAUGGAGUGUUUUUGUUCUGCUGGUGUAACGUUUGUUGAGAUUCUUCUGUGUUCCCCUGUUUAGGGUGAGUAUCUAAGGCAUAACUGCGUUUCGCAGUUGUUUCGAUGCCAUAGUGAUAGUCUACUAGACCUUUUUAGUUUGUCUUUACUUUGUCUUUACAGGGAGUUAGCUUGGAAUUGGAAGUCUACGCUGGUGACUAAAGACAGCAGUGUGUUGUGUUUUCGAACAUUAAUGUGUACGUGUGGGACAGCAAGGGGUAUAAUUAUUAUUUAAUUAAUAAAUUCACAGUAUUAAAAUGUUCCAAAUUCAA